UUUGGUUAUGUUAAUUUUCCAAUACAAACUUCCAGCUGAGAUAAGGCUGUAAGUUGAGCGUAAACAAUGAUAAUGAUAAAAAGGGGCCGUGCAAUUGUUUUUCUAGACAAAGCGGUAAAAUUCCUCGACGUGCAUCGUUCGUUGAUUUAUAGCUGCACACCAUAAAACGAAAUCUUUAGAAAUGUCCACACCAAUGCUACUAGUACAUGGCGGAGCCGGUGGUAUAAGUGAUGCGCGUGUGCCUGGCAAAGUGCAAGGCAUGAAGUUGGCUUUGAAAGCUGGUUUGCCAUUGUUGAUGCCCUCAAAGAAAUGUGGUGGCAUCGAAGCCGGUUCUGCGCUGGAUGCCGUCGAAGCGGCUGUACGCGCAAUGGAAGAAGAUGAAAAUUUCAAUGCUGGAUAUGGUGCUUGUCUUAAUAGUGAUGGCAACGUGGAAGUGGAAGCUAGCAUUAUGGAAGGUUCUCAAUUGCGAGCUGGUUGCGUAACACUGCUGCACGACAUCAAAUAUCCCAUUACGGUGGCAAGACAUGUCAUGGAGAGAACGAAUCACACGUUUUUAGGUGGUGAAAGUGCACAAAAAUUUGCUUUGGCAAAUGGUGCAGUACAAUUGUCGCCAGGUUCAUUAGUGACCCCAAGUGCAUGUGAAGCAUUGACAUUAUUCAAGAAACAACAAUCGGAGGGUAAAGAUACCACAUAUGCGGCCACAGAGUUGGAUACAGCUGUUAAGGAGCGUCCAGGUGAACCAGGCACUGUGGGCGCCGUAGCCAUCGAUGUGAAAGGCAAUAUCGCUGUCGCUACAUCAACUGGGGGCAUAACAGGCAAAGUGCCUGGGCGUAUAGGUGACACACCCUUGCUAGGUUGUGGUACAUACGCCGAUAAUAAAUGGGGCGGCACCUCUACCACAGGUCAUGGUGAGACAAUAAUGCGCUUCAAUUUGGCACAAAAGAUUCUGGCAAACAUACGUUACGGGAAUAUGUCAGCACAAGAAGCCACUGAAGUGGCAUGCAAAGAGAUGACCGAACGUUUGGGUGGAACUGGUGGUGCUAUAACUAUUGGACCGAAAGGUGAUAUUGGUUUUGCUUGGACUUCAAGACGAAUGGCUUGGGCUUAUGUGCGUGAUAACGAAUUUAUUUAUGGCAUUGAUCAGGGCAAAGUGCUAAAGGAGCCAUUUGAAUAAUCAUUAAAAACUACAAUUGAUAACAAGAUAAAGACCGAAACUGCAAUUUAUGUACUUUUACAUAAAUUUUUGAUGUAUAUACUAAUAUCAAAUAAAGACUAUAAGAAAGACUGCAAAAUAUACAAAAUUAAAAAGAUUUUUCUGUAAAUGUUAACUAUUUAUGUAUGUAUAUUUAUAUAUUUGUUGUCAGAUAUCGACUAGCAAGGCAAGUUUUUCUUGCAGUUCACUUCUCAUUACCGCCUAAAAGUAUGCAAAUGUUUAGAAUCGUGCAUGAGUAUCAAAAUUAAUAUGGUUACUUAUAUUUAUAAGUAUUUUGUAUUAUUACUAAAUAUUUAUAUAUAAAUCAAAAUAUAGUUUUUUAUGAAUUUUUAAAUUGUAUUUUUAAUAAAUAAUUUCAAUUUUUUUUUAAUAAUUAGCAAUACAAUACAUAACUACAUACUUGCA